GCGCAUCUCAUUUAGUGGUGGGUCGAACAGGAAAAGGUUUACAGUACGUAUAUCUGUUGCCAUGGCAGCAAGGUUACGACACUGUUUUCUAGUCCUUGUUUGCCAGCAGCAUGCGUGAUGACAUAGGACGGCCAUUCCUUCACACACAGGUUCGUUAUCUCAACUCGAUCAAGUGUUUAGCUGGAAUUUGUUUUUCGCGAGAUAAGUCAAAGGGUGACUUCCCCUUGACAGAGCCUACAAAGUCUUAGGAUUGCCUCCCCUGACCGGAGUCCCAAAUUGCUGAGACUGUGCAAGAUAUCGGGACGUGGAUUCAGAUCGGUGUCUUCGCUCAACUCUCAAAACUUCAGUGCUGUGGGAGGUCUCUGGUUAAAAGAUAUCGUCUGAGGCAGAUCCAUUGCGCUACAGAUACAAGGUAUCAUCAUAAAGGCAGAUCCAUUGCACUACAGAUACAAGGUAUCAUCAUAAAGGCAGAUCCAUUGCACUACAGAUACAAGGUAUCAUCAUAAAGGCAGAUCCAUUGCACUACAGAUACAAGGUAUCAUCAUAAAGGCAGAUCCAUUGCACUACAGAUAAAAUAUAUCAUCAGAGAGAUCUGUUACGUCACAGAUAGGUGACGAAAAAUAAGCUUGGUCUAGCCAUGAAGCUAGAGGUAUGGCUGAUGUUUGUUGCUUACGUCAGUCUGGCUGCCAGCCAAUCAACAGGCAGCAACACGAACGAGACGGAAGCGCUUCAGUUCCUCCAAGAUUAUGAGGUUGAAAGAGAAAAGAUCGAGAUCGACCUUGUGGACAAAGAAUAUACCUUCAAAACAAACAUUACGGAUGAGCAUGAAAAAAUAUAUAAUGCAAAAGCAAUAGAAAAAGCCAAGUUUGAUUUGGAAUGGAGCAAAAAAGCAGCGGAGUUCAAUGAUACUGGCAUGAGCAGUGACGUCAGACGACAGUUUCAUUUCAUCCGGGACAUUGGUACAGCAGCACAAAAGGACGAGAGCAAACUGCAGAAGCUAACAGAACUCCAGUCUGAGAUGUCCACGCUGUACAACACAGCCAAAGUUUGUUUACAGACGACCAAAGAUGGCUGUCUCGACAUGGAGCCAGGCAUCACGCGCCUGAUGGCCGAGUCACGUGACUACGAGAAACUCCUGGCUGUCUGGAGCGGCUGGCAUGACGCCACGGGCCGUCAGAUGAAGGACAUGUACGUGCAGUACGUCGAUCUGAUGAAUGAUGCCGUACGACAGGCAGGGUUCAAGGACGCAAGCGACCACUGGAGGUCGUGGUACGAGUCACCGACCUUCGAGGAGGACGUGGCCCAGCUGAUGAGUCAGGUGCUGCCGCUCUACGAGCAGCUCCACGCCUACGUUCGCCGGCACCUCAAGCAGCUGUACGGGGCGGAUAAAUUUCCGGCUUCCGGUCACAUUCCGGCACAUCUGCUAGGGGACAUAUGGGCCCAGGAGUGGGGCAACAUCGCCUCUGAGGUCAUGCCAUACAAGGACAGACCCCUGAUAGACGUCACCGAUCAGCUGAUCCAACAGAACUAUACAGCCAAGACGAUGUUCGACACAGCUGAAGCCUUCUUUGUGUCGCUGGGUUUCGACAAGAUGGUGCCCACCUUUUGGACCAAGUCUGUGAUCGAGAAACCCACGGACGGGCGGAAGGUCGCCUGCCACGCCUCGGCCUGGGAUUUUUACAACAGGAAAGACUUUGCGAUCAAGAUGUGCACAGACAUUACUCACGAGGACUUGAUGACCAUCCACCACGAGAUGGGGCACAUACAGUACUACAUGCAGUACAAGGACCAGCCUGUAGUCUACAGGGAUGGUGCCAACAACGGUUUCCACGAGGCAAUCGGUGACGUCAUGGCCCUGUCAGUCCAGACACCUGAGCACCUGAAGAAGAUCAACCUGUUGACAGAGUUUCUGGACGACAAAGAGAGUGACGUCAACUUCCUGAUGUCCAUGGCACUCAGGAAACUCGCCUUCCUGCCAUUUGGUUACCUGACUGACCUCUGGCGCUGGGCAGCGUUUAGAGGUGACGUCACGCCCGACAACUACACCAAGUACUGGUGGGAUUUAAAGUGCAGAUACCAGGGACUGUCGUCUCCGAUACCAAGAUCUUCCUCAGACUUUGACCCUGGGGCCAAAUAUCACGUGGCUGCAGAUGUUCCUUACAUCAGGUACUUCGUGUCAUUCAUCAUCCAGUUCCAGUUCCACAAGGCCGCCUGUCAGGCCGCCGGCCACACGGGGCCCCUGCACAGGUGUGACAUCUACAACAGCAGGGAUGCGGGGGACCUCUUCAGGGGCAUGAUGCAACUCGGGGCCUCCCAGCCCUGGCCUGUGGCCAUGAAAAACAUGACCGGUCAGGACAGGAUGGACGCUGGGGCUCUCCUGGAAUAUUUCCACCCCCUCAUGGAAUUUCUCCGCAAGCAAAACGGCAACGACUACGGCUGGGACCCCCAGUGCCCGUCCCCCGCCCCCAUCUCUGACACCCCAGCCGACACGAACGACCAGAGAGAGAAGUGCCUCGAAAAUACCAGAACCGGAACCGUCACUGAUAUUCCCUUGGCCUUCACCUUCUUGGAAUCGUAUGACAAAGAGGCUGGUGAUAUAAAAUACAGAGUCAAAGAAGCGGAGUACGCGUACGAAUCAAAUCUGACCAAAGAAAACGAAGACAAUUUUGUGAAGCUGGAGAUGGAGCAGGCGGAGUUUGACCUGAGAAAGUUCAAGGAAUCUCUUGUGUACAACGUCACCGCGAUGCCUGAAUCCAUGAGACGGCAGUUCAAGUUUAUCCGGGAGAUUGGAUCUGCCGCCCAGCCCGACCGGGCCAAGCUUCAGAGGCUGAAGCAAGUGCGAGUAGAAAUGGAGUCCAUCUAUGGCUCAGCGGAGGUGUGCACGGCAUGGGACAGGUGUCUGUCUCUAGAACCAGACUUGACCCGUCUAAUGAGUGACUCACGGGACUACUACGAGCUGAUGGCAGCAUGGAAAGGCUGGCGAGACGUCACGGGGCCGAAGAUGAAGAAGAAGUACGAAGAAUAUGUCCAGCUCUACAACAGUGCCGUGAACGCUUCAUGCUUCAAAGAUGUAGGUGAGCACUGGAGAUCGUGGUACGAGUCGCCGACCUUUGAAGCUGACGUGGCCAACCUUCUGGGGCAGGUGAUGCCCUUGUACGAGCAGCUGCACGGUUUUGUCAGGAGGAGGCUCAAGGUCGUCUAUGGGGAGAAGUUCUUCCCCAAAUCUGGGCACAUACCUGCACAUAUUUUAGGUAACAUGUGGGCCCAGAGCUGGGAGUCAAUCGUUGACCUGCUCACACCAUACAAGGACAAGCCAACUCUUGACGUCACGUCUGAAAUGGUUAAACAGAACUACACACCCUUGAAGAUUUUCCAAACAGCUGACAGUUUCUUUGAGUCCCUGGGGUUGAUGAAGAUGGUGCCAAAGUUCUGGGAUAAGUCGAUCCUGGAGAAGCCCAAUGACGGGAGGGACCUCGUCUGUCACGCUACGGCAUACGAUUUCUACAACAAGGAGGACUUCAGAAUCAAAAUGUGCACGGACAUAACCCAGGUGGACCUGGUCACCGCCCACCACGAGAUGGGUCACGUGGAGUACUACAUGCAGUACAUGGACCAGCCUAUCGUCUUCAGGGACGGGGCCAAUCCAGGGUUCCAUGAGGCCACCGGUGACGUCAUGGCUCUCUCGGUGCAGACGCCAGAACACCUGAACAAGAUCGGACUCUUGGACAAGGUGCCGACAGACAGAGAAUCAGACAUCAACUUCCUGAUGAAGAUCGCCCUCGAGAAAGUCGCCUUUCUCCCCUUUGGAUACUUGAUUGACCAGUGGCGGUGGUCAGUCUUCAGGGGCGACACCCCACCAGAGGCGUACAACUCAGCCUGGUGGGACCUCAGAUGUCGUCUGCAAGGAAUUUUCCCGCCCGUCGCCCGAUCCUCGUCAGACUUUGACCCAGGGGCCAAAUUUCACGUGCCCGGGGACACGCCUUACAUCAGGUACUUCGUGAGUUUCAUCGUCCAGUUCCAGUUCCACAAAGCCCUGUGUGAGGCCGCGGGUCAGACCGGACCUCUACACAGGUGCGACAUCUACGGCAGCAAGGAGGCGGGCCAGAAGAUUGGGUCAAUGCUGAGACUCGGCCUCUCCAAACCCUGGCCGGACGCCAUGGAAAUCCUGACCGGCCAGAGAAAGAUGGACGCCGGCCCCCUGAUGGAGUUCUUCCAGCCGCUCCUGGACUUCCUGCGCAAGGAAAACGGCAACGACUUCGGCUGGGACCCCAUGUGCCCUAAUUCGGAGGGGUCGGGUCCUGAGAGUGAGGCCAAAGGGGGCGUGGCCUGUGGGCACGCGACCAACACGACGGGGAACUCGACGCUGUUUGAAGCGUUCGAGUUUCUCAAGAGCUACGACAAGACGGCGGGGCAGGUUCGAAACCAAGUCAGCGAGGCAGACUUCACGCUCAAGACAAACAUCACAGACCACAACCAAAAAGCUCUGGUUGAUGCGCAGAUGGCCAAGGCCAACUUCGAUCUUGAACAACUAAAGUUGGCCUUGAACUUCAACCUCACAGGAAUGCCAGACAUUGUUCAGCGCCAGUUCAAGUUCAUCAAGGCCAUUGGUCCAUCUGCCGAGCCAAACCAAAAAAAAGUUCAAAGGCUGAAGGAAGUUCAGAACGACAUGGAGACCAUCUACAACACUGGGAAGGUCUGCCUCAAGGGUUCUCAAUGUGUGCCAUUGGAUCCAGACAUCUCACGACUGAUGGCCACCUCCAGCGACUACGAGAAACUUCUGGAAGCCUGGAAGGGCUGGAGAGACGCCACGGGAGCGAAGAUGAAGAACAAGUAUGCUGAGUACGUGAGCUUGCUGAACGACGCUGUCCGGGCCUCCUGUUACCAGGAUGCCGGCGACUACUGGAGAUCAUGGUACGAGUCUGCGACCUUCGAACAGGAUGUGGCCGAGCUGUUUGCACAAAUCAAGCCUCUCUAUGAGCAACUGCACGCGCAUGUGCGCAGACACCUGAAGAAGAAAUAUGGCGCAGACAAGUUCCCGUCGACUGGGCACAUUCCCGCUCAUCUCCUAGGUAACAUGUGGGGCCAGAGCUGGAACUACCUGCUAGACCUGGUGCUGCCGUACCCAGGUAAACCCACGUUAGACGUCACGGCUGAGUUAAAGAAACAGAAUUACACGGUGGAGAAAAUGUUCCUCACGUCUGAAGAGUUCUUCACCUCCCUGGGUCUGCUGCCGAUGGUGCCACAGUUCUGGAACAAGACCAUGAUGGUCAGACCAGCAGACGGACGUGACGUCAUGUGUCAAGGUUACGCGCAGGACUUCUUUAACCAACAAGAUUUUAGGAUCAAGAUGUGCACGCAAAUAAAUCACGAGGACCUGAUGACCAUCCACCAUGAGAUGGGUCACGUGGAGUACUACAUGCAGUACAAGGACCAGCCGGUCAUUUUCAGGGAGGGGGCCAAUCCAGGAUUUCACGAAGCCAUCGGUGACGCAAUGACGUUAUCUGUUCAAACCCCAGAACACCUGCACCAGAUCGGACUUUUGGCGAAGGUACCAAACGACACAGAGACAGACAUCAACUUCCUGAUGACGAUUGCCCUACAGAAGAUCGCCUUCCUGCCAUUUGGUUACCUCAUUGACCAGUGGCGGUGGUCAGUGUUUAGAGGGGACACUAAGCCUGACCAGUACAACAAGCAUUGGUGGGAUUUAAGGUGUCGCCUGCAGGGCCUGUCGUCGCCUGUGGAGAGGAGUGAGUCAGACUUUGAUCCCGGAGCAAAAUAUCACGUGCCUGCUGAUGUGGCCUAUAUCAGGUAUUUCGUCAGUUUCGUCAUCCAGUUCCAGUUCCACAAAGCCAUGUGUGACGCAGCAGGUCACCGAGGGCCACUACACCGAUGUGACAUCUACAACAGCAAAGCCGCUGGGACCCUCUUCUCGUCAAUGAUGAAACUUGGACAAUCCAAACCGUGGCCGGACGCUAUGGAGGUCAUGACCGGACAGAGAAAGAUGGACGCCGGCGCCCUCCUCGAGUACUUCCGGCCCCUGCACGAGUAUCUCCAACAGGAAAACGGAAAUGACUUCGGCUGGGACCCACAAUGCCCGGAUUUUAAAACCCCCCGAGGGCAUAAUUCUGCUAAUUCAUUGAGAAUCUCAACGAUUUCAUUGGUGGUUAUUUUAAUUCUGCAGGUCAUAGUGACAUUAAGGUAGCCAAUACAAACGUCCGUUCUAUGAAUACAAUUAUAAUAUUUUUAAUUAAUGUGAACAUUAUCAUCGAAAGGUACCAAGACAAUCGUUGCUCAAUUUUCAAACAGUUCGCUUCCAACUAUAUCGAUAUGUUCAAUCAUAACGAUUAAUUGUGUAUUUUUUUAAAAGCUAAGGCUAAUUAUUAAUUAACAUUUAUCGCAUAGCUAAGAGUGGGUCAAGAUCAGUUAAAUUCAUGUUACUUAGUCACAAAUAAACUGAGGCGUCACCAGGUGGGGUGCCACCCGGGGCGGACCGCACCCCAUGCCCCCGCCUUGUGGUGCUACUGAAGACGAAAAUUGAGUGAAACUAACACUCGACCCACUUUUAAUGGUACUCAGCAACAUAUACAUUUCUUUAGAAUGGCAUAGGGAUCAUCCAUAAAUGACGUCACGUUUUUUUGGCGAUUUUUACCUUCCCCCCCCCUCUCCCCUCCGUCACACAUCGUCAC